AUGCCGAGAAUCAGCGACCUGGACGGCCAGAUCGAGCACCGGCGCUGCGAGCUCUCAAGGAGAGCGAGUGAAGGCGCUGGCGCCAAGGCCCGGGAGAUCCUGGUGGAGGAAAGCAACGUGCAGCGGGUGGAUUCUCCUGUGACAGUGUGUGGGGACAUCCACGGUCAGUUCUAUGACCUCAAGGAGCUCUUCAGGGUUGGGGGUGACGUCCCAGAGACCAAUUACCUCUUUAUGGGCGACUUCGUGGAUCGGGGCUUCUACAGCGUUGAGACCUUCCUACUGCUGCUGGCACUCAAGGUGCGCUACCCCGACCGCAUCACACUGAUCCGGGGCAACCAUGAGAGCCGGCAGAUCACGCAGGUGUACGGCUUCUACGAUGAGUGUCUGCGCAAGUACGGCUCCGUCACUGUGUGGCGCUACUGCACCGAGAUCUUCGACUACCUCAGCCUGUCGGCCAUCAUCGACGGCAAGAUCUUCUGCGUCCACGGGGGCCUCUCCCCGUCCAUCCAGACGCUGGAUCAGAUCCGCACGAUUGACCGAAAGCAGGAGGUGCCGCACGACGGCCCCAUGUGUGACCUGCUCUGGUCUGACCCCGAAGACACAACGGGCUGGGGUGUGAGCCCGCGGGGCGCCGGGUACCUCUUCGGCAGCGACGUGGUUGCCCAGUUCAACGCCUCCAAUGACAUCGACAUGAUCUGCCGCGCCCACCAGCUGGUCAUGGAGGGGUACAAGUGGCACUUCAACGAGACUGUGCUCACAGUCUGGUCGGCCCCCAACUAUUGCUACCGGUGUGGGAACGUGGCUGCCAUCCUGGAGCUGGAUGAGCACCUGCAGAAGGAAUUUAUCAUCUUUGAAGCUGCCCCCCAGGAGACCCGGGGGAUCCCCUCCAAGAAGCCCGUUGCCGACUACUUUCUGUGACACCCCUCCCCCCCGGACUGAGGCAGCCCCUGGCUUCCCCUGCCGGGGGGGGUUUGGGGGCACUUGGCGAGCUGAUCCCGGCCCCACUUGUUGCCUGGGGUGUUGAACGUGGGGCCACCCAGAAUCCAGCCCUGCUCUGGGUUGAACUGACUGUUACCUCCCUGCCCCCGUCUCCCUCCUGCUCCAUGUUACCCCUCCCCCUCCGUAGCGCCCCCAAAUCAACAGCUGAUUUCUCCAGG